AUGCCUGGGCGCGUGAGCCAACACCACCAGGAGGAGUUGGGCAAGUUCCUCAAGUUCUUCCGCUCGCGCCUCAAGACGCACCUGGAGAACGUCGAGGCCGACUUUGAGGACACGCGCUCGGAUCGCUUGUCGUCCGAAGAGGUCUACAGCCAGAAGGACAUCCAGGAGGCCAUCAAGUCGCUAUGCUUCGCCGUCAAGGCCAACAUUCGCAGCGAGCUGCAAGAUACCAUCAAUAUGAUGGCGUUGCUGCUGCGCCAGAUCUUCGUGGAGGCCGAGGACAGUGAUCUGGCGCUCGACCUGGACAUCGCCAUGGUUGAAGACAAGGAGCUGCUGGAGCGAGUGGAGCAGCUCAGCGUGUCCGAGUGGAUGAGCGGGGACUCAAGCGGCGGGGCACAGAUCGGAGCGAUGCCAAAGAAUAACGCCAAGGUGAACGCCGACGCCGAGGCCAAGGACAAGUUGGAGAAGCGGCUUCAACAGGAGCAGGAGCAGCACGAGGAGGAGAUCCGCGCAGCCAAACUCACAUCCAAGCAGGAGGUGGACGUGCUCGAGGCGGCACACGCCAAGGAGCUGCGCAAGUUGCAGCGCAAGCUCGAGCAGGCCGCCGAGCGGGUGGAGGAGCUCGAGAAGCAGGUGGAGGACGGCCGGCAGCACAUCGCGCAGACGUCGCAGUUCCAGUCCAUGAAGCGCAUGGUGACGACCAAGAACCAGCAGCUGCAGGACCUGCGCCGCCGCCUGCAGCGCUACGAGCCCGACUACGCCGAAGACGACGGCGAGACCAAGAACGCCGACGAGGACGACGACUAG